CCCCUUCCGCAAUUGCCUAGCAGCAGCCAGGAUCCGGCGGCGGCGGCGGCGUCGGCGGCGUCGGCGGCGGUGGUGGUUCAGAGGGCGCUUGGGUCUUCUCACUAAUCCUCGGCCCGGCUGGGUCCGCUUAAGCAUCGGCGCCAUGAACAUCCGCAACGCAAGACCAGAGGACCUGAUGAAUAUGCAGCAUUGUAACCUGCUGUGCCUUCCCGAAAACUACCAGAUGAAGUACUAUUUCUACCAUGGUCUAUCAUGGCCUCAGCUUUCUUACAUCGCUGAAGAUGAGAAUGGGAAGAUCGUGGGCUACGUUCUGGCCAAGAUGGAGGAAGAUCCAGAUGAUGUCCCUCACGGACAUAUCACCUCCUUGGCCGUAAAACGUUCCCACCGCCGGCUAGGUCUAGCACAGAAACUCAUGGACCAAGCCUCAAGGGCUAUGAUUGAGAACUUCAAUGCAAAAUAUGUCUCCUUGCAUGUCAGAAAAAGUAACCGGGCUGCUCUCCAUCUGUAUUCCAACACACUUAACUUUCAGAUUAGUGAGGUGGAGCCCAAAUACUAUGCUGACGGUGAGGAUGCCUAUGCCAUGAAGCGAGAUCUGACUCAGAUGGCCGAAGAGCUGAGGAAGCAACUGGAGGUGGAGAAAGGCAAACACCCGGUGCUGGCCUCCCUGGAGAACAAGAUGGACCCCAAAGUCAACCAUGUGGGGGACUGCUGCCGUGAGGAGAAGGGCCUUGGCCCCCCAGCUGAGGACAGCAGCGGCGGUGACAGCAAAGACCUCAGUGAGGUCAGCGAGACCACAGAGAGCACUGACAUCAAGGACAGCUCCGAGGCCUCCGAUUCGGCCUCCUAGAAUCUCCAGCUGGGACGCUGCCGGACAGAAGCCACCCCCAUCUGUUUCUCCUCCCUUCGGCCGCCUGAUCAGUCCUUCCCAUUAAACCAUUUGGGGCCCUGGGGGCUGUGUA